AUGCCAGAGUGGAAGGAUGUGCCGCCCUGUCCAUCCACGGUGGAGUCUCCCAUCGAGUAUUUCAGAAGAUUUUUUGAUAUGAACUUCUUGUCUAUCAUCUGUGAACAGUCCUCGCUUUACAGUGCUCAGAGGAACCCCAACAAAGUUACAGCAGUGACUGUAAAUGAUUUAGAGCAGUUCAUGGGCAUAGUGUUCACUAUGUCGAUUAUGAAGCUGCCCCAAACGCGUAUGUACUGGUCUGACAGGUUCCGUAUCAGUCAAGUGGCCGACACGAUGACGAGGGACAGAUGGGAGGAAGUGAAGCAGUCACUGCAUUUCAACGACAACCAGGAGGCACCAGACCAGAAUGACCCAGAUCGCGACAGGCUGUACAAAGUGCGGCCCCUAUUGGACCACCUGAUAGCGAAAUGCCGUGAACUACCGAAAUCCCAAAAACUAUGCGUAGAUGAGCAGUUAGUCCCCUUCAAAGGCCGCAGCUCACUGAAGCAAUACUUGCCAAACAAGCCCAAAAAAUGGGGCUACAAACUCUUCCUGCUCUGUGAGGAAUGCGGACUCAUGUACAACUUUGAAGUAUACACGGGAAAGAUCCUUCCGCAGCCGGGUUUUCCAGACAUCGGCGCCAGCGGCAACAUAGUUCUCAGAAUGGCGAGUGUCGUGCCACGUGACCUCGACUACAUUCUGUUCUUUGAUAACUGGUUUUGUAGUGUGGACUUUCAAGUGGUACUAAAAAAAGUUGGCAUCAGUUCUGUGGGCACAGUGCGGGAGGCUCGCUUGAAAGGAUGCAAACUUCCAUCCGAUAAAGAGCUAAAGAGGAAAGGCCGUGGCUCUUAUGUUGAGAUGGAGACGACGUUUGAAGGAGUGAACUUGAGGGCUGUGAAGUGGUUUGACAACCGCCACGUGACCCUUCUGUCAUCAUUUGCUUCUGCAUUGCCAGAUCAUCCUGUGAAGCGCUUUGACAAAAAGACACGGACAACAGUGAACGUGCCUCAUCCUUCAAUUGUAGCUGUCUACAAUGAGUCUAUGGGUGGCGUAGAUCUUAUGGACAUGCUCGUAGCACUUUACCGCAUCGAACUAAGAUCUAAAAAAUAG